AUGGAUACCGACACCAGGAAUCAACAGUCAGAUGAUGCAACAAGGAGAGCGAUGGAACUUUCUAAACAAGAUGCCGCAUCAAGACGGAGACAUCAAAAUCGCGUCAACCAACGGGCUAGUCGAAAAAGGAAAGCCCUUCAAGCUGAAAAGCAGGGCAGAACCCGAGAAAGGCGUUGGAUCAUCUACACCGAACCCGUCUGUGCCUCACCUGAGCAUAAAGGCACGACUGUCGCAAGUUCAACACAGCUUGAACAACCAAGCCCGAUACAAAAUUAUGGCAAAGCUUAUAAGGGUGUCUCUAAUCAAAUGAUACGCGAGAAAUAUUGGGCUCAACUGAAAGCGAAAGUAGCCGCCGGAGCCGCCAACAAGGUGCAAUCGCCAGAUCUUCUCUUACCGGUGGCCCAGUUCAACAUAAUGCGUGCAACCUUUGAAAAUGCGACUACCAUGGGCCUGACAUGGGAUAUCCUCAGUGAAGAUAUCGCCUCAUAUUUCAACAUCGCUGGGCCAGUCACCUUGCGGUUGCCACCGAGCUUGGAGCCGAGCGGCACGCAGAGGAGCAUCGUCCAUCACCCUUGGAUUGAUCUCAUACCCGUCCCCUCGCUCCGCGAUGCACUGUUGCUACAGAUUGAUGAGUACGACGAGGAUCAACUCUGCGGGGACUUAUACGGGAUAUGCGGACCUUCGCCGGAGGUCGGGCUGUUAGUAUGGGGCGAGGCAUGGGAUCCGUCGGCAUACGAAGUUUCAGAACGAGUGUUCAACAAGUGGGGCAGGUUUUUAAGAGGGUGCCCUGAGCUUUUGAAGUCUACAAAUUAUUGGAGGAGGAAAAGAGGAGAGAAGCAAUUGAGAUUGCCGGAUCUGAGAGAUUCCUGUGUUGAAGAGAUCAAGGAUUGA